AUGGUGAUAGACUACGCUGACGAUUUGGCCCUGUUGGGGGAACACAUUAACGAUGUUGCUUUAGCCGCUAUGACACUCGAAGAGCAGGCAACAAAGGUUGGUCUCUUGAUCAACCAUGACAAGACCGAGUACUUCCACAUGAAGCGAUAUAGGAAUAUUCGCGAAGCAAGACAAGACCUCCAUGUUGGAAGUACCACAUACAAGGGAGUGCCGAAAUUUAAGUAUCUUGGCUGCACUGUAACCGAUACGAAUACACGUGACGACGAAAUACAGAUCCGUAUACAAAACGCCUUGAGGUGCAGUGCAGCCCUGCACAAGGUCUUGGUGUCCAAGCUUCUUAGUAGGAAAACAAAGGUAACAAUUUACAACACCAUCAUUCGUCCAAUCCUAAUGUACGGUUGUGAGGCUUGGAUACUUACGCUCAGAGAGGAGAACAGGCUUCUGGUUACGGAAAGGAAAAUUUACCGUAAGAUCCUAGGACCAACUAAAGGGCAAGAUGGCAGCUGGCGAAUAAAAACCAAUGCUGAAAUUUCAAACCUGGUGUCUGAGCCAAACAUCAUUGGAGUUACCAAAUCCCAUCGGUUGCGGUGGCUCGGUUGUCGGUGUAUGUUGAACGCAUGGGGGAGGAUCGAGCAAUUAAGAGAGCGUAUCUGGGUCGACCAACUGGACGUAGACCGGUGGGUCGCCCCAGUAAACGUUUCGGAAUGCGCCGCCGGUAACUCGCAUGUCCCUGCCGUGUCGCAGAGCCCGGCGCUGCAGGCGCAGCGCGGGGAGCUGGUGAAGGAGAACGUGGUGGAGCGCGGCGUGGUGGCGCGGCGCUGGCUGGCGGCGGCGGCGGCGGCCACGGCGCUGGCGCUGCUCGCCGCCGCGCGCCUGCACUGGCGCCUGCCCGAGCCGCUGGGCCGCGGGGCGCCGCCCGAGCGCUUCGUCGCGGAGAUCGCGCACGAGCACCUCGUCAACCUCACCUCCAUCGGGCCGCGGGUGGCUGGCAGCUAUGAGAACGAGGUGCUGGCGGUGCAGACACUGGUAGCGGCGGUGAAGAACAUCGCGGCGCAGGCCUCGCCACACAACAUCAUUGACUAUGAUGUGUUCUCUGCCAGCGGCGCCUUCUCGCUCACCUUUCUCGACGGCAUGAGCAACGUGUACCGCGACGUGCAGAGCGUGGUGGUGCGCGCGCGCGCGGUGGGCGGCCGGCCCGCGCCGCCCGCCCAGCGCGCCGCCCUGCUGCUCAACUGCCACUUCGACACCGUGCCCGACAGCCCCGGCGCCAGCGACGACGCGGCGGGCUGCGCCGUGGCGCUGGAGACGCUGCGCGCGCUGGCCGCCGCGCCGCGCCCGCUGCGCCGCGACGUGCUGCUGCUGCUCAACGGCGCCGAGGAGAACAUCCUGCAGGCCGCGCACGCCUUCGUGACGCGCCACCCCUGGGCGCGCGCCGCGCGCGCCUUCGUCAACGUGGAGGCGUGCGGCGCGGGCGGGCGCGAGGUGCUGUUCCAGGCGGGCCCGCACGACCCCUGGCUCGUGGAGGCCUACGCGGCCGCCGCGCCGCACCCCUACGCCUCGUCGCUGGCGCAGGAGCUCUUCGAGAGCGGCCUCAUCCCGGCCGACACCGACUUUCGCAUCUUCCGCGACUACGGCAACCUGUCGGGCUUCGACCUCGCGUGGAGCGCCAACGGCUACGUGUACCACACGCGCCUCGACACCGCCGAGCGCGUGGCGCCCGCCGUGCUGCAGCGCACCGGCGACAACGUGCUGGCGCUGGCGCGGGCGCUGCUGGCCAGCGAGCGCCUGGACCGCGGGCCGGAGCGCGCGCGGCCGCCGGUGUUCUUCGACGUGCUGGGCGCGCUGGUGCUGGCGGCGCGCGCGCCGGCCGCGGCGCUGGCGGCGGCGGCGGCGCUGGCGGCGCUGGCGCUGUGCCUGCUGCGCUCCGCCGGGGACGCCUCGAAAGCGCUGUACAUCUCGCGGCUCGCGUGGGCGCGCGUGGUGGCGCGGGCGGCGCGCGCGGCGGCGCUGGCGCAGCUGGCGGGCGUGGCGGCGGCGCUGCUGCCGGCGCUGCUGCUGCACGCGGCGCGCGCGCGCCUCGCCUUCUACGCCGCGCCCGCGCUGCUGCUGCCGCUGUACGCGCUGCCGGCGCUGUGCGGCGCCUGGGCGGACGCGCGCUACGCCUGGGGGCGGCGCCUGGCGCCGGCGCGCGGCUGGUGGGAGUGGCGCGCGUGGCGCGACGCGCUGGCGCUGUGGGCGGGCGCGCUGCUGGCGGCGGGCGCGCUGGCCGGCCUGCGCUCCGCCUUCCUGCCGCUGCUGUGGACGCUGCCGGCGCUGUCGGCGCUGCCGCGCUGCUCGCCGCGCGCGGCCGUCCUGCUGCACGCCGCGCUGGCGGCGCUGCCCGUGCUGCAGACCGCCUACCUGGCGGUGGGCUCCGUCGAGAUGUUCGUGCCGAUCAUGGGCCGCGCGGGGACCUCGCUCCUUCCUGCCGACGUGAUGAUGUCGCUCGUCGUGUCGACGCUCACGAUCACCACGUUUAGCUGGAUGCUGCCGCUGGUGGUCGCUUCGCGUCGACCCGCACCACUGAUCCUCUCCGGCGUGCUGGUGACGGCGCUGACGUGCGCGCUGGUGUGUCUGACGCCGCUGGGCGCGCCGUACACCGCCGAGCGGCCGCAGCGCGUCAUGGUGUUCCACACGCGCCGCACGCUGCACGGGCCCGCGCCGCUCGUCGAGAACUUCUACUGGAUGCCCGAGCUCGAUGCCAACACGCCGCACUCCCUGGACCCCUACGUGGAGGGCGUGCGGGAGGCGCGCGCCAGCACCGCGGAGGAGUGCGCGCGCUGGGUGUACUGCGGCGCGCCGUACUACCUGCCCGUGCUGUCGCUGGUAUCGCGCGGGCACCGCUUCCCGGCGCCGGCGCCGCCGCUAGUGGAGCUGCGCGUGCGCGCCGAGCUGCGGCCCGCGGGCGACGGCGAGCGCGAGCUGCGGCUGGAGCUGGACGGGCCGAGCCACGUGGUGCUGAUCCUGGCGCCGGCGGCCGGCGUGCGCGUGGCCAACUGCUCGGAGCUGGGCGGCGCGCCGCAGCCGGGCCCGCGCUGGGGCGCGCGCGACACGCACUUCGUGGCGCUGCACCACGCGCGGCGGCCGCGGCCCUGGCGCUUGGACUGCCGCCUGCGGGCCGCGGCGCGCCCGGCGCCCGGCGCGCCGUGGCUGCAGCUGUCGGCGGCCGGCCACGCCCUGCACGGCGCGGCGCAGCGCGGCGCGGACCACGCGCGCCUGCUGGCGGCGCUGCCGGCGCACGCGGCCGCCACGGGCUGGGGCGUGGACCUGCACCUGCUGGAGCUCUAG